AGAUCGAGCACACUAGUUUAUUUUUCUUUUCUCUCUGGCCCCAUACAAGCUCUUUGAAAUUGAAUGUAAGGCACGUAGAGACGUUAUUGCUCUCGAUAACAUCAUUUGAGGUUGCUGAUGCCAGAUCUAGCCAUUGGUCAAAAAGUGCUCAAUACAAGUAUUUCAAGUAAUUGAACAGGACUAAGGACAAUGCGCUUUUGAUCACUCAUGGCUACAGUGUACCACGUAAAAAAACUGGUUCUAUAAACGCCAAACACCCUGCAUAGUAAUGAUAUCAAAUGGUCAGCUACUAUCACGUAGCCUAGUGAUUAGUCGAAUAAACAGCAUCACGUCCAACUUUUUUUUUUUUUUUCAGCUUCCACUAAGUCGGUGGACUUAUCUCCAUUUCAGGAAAACUGUCCCUGCCUGAAGAAGACCGACAUGAAGUGAGGGAAAUAUACUUUUGGAAAAAAGAGCGGUAUCACACUAUACACAAGAAGCUUCUCCUCAGUGUGGUCAUCAUGUGUGCUCUGGCAUCUAUAAUGAACCUGACGAGCAAUGGAGGCAACCUCGAAUUUUUGCUUUACUUCAAGAGGAAUUUUGGUCAAGAUUCCAUCAUAUCGGCGCAAAACUGGUGGAUGCUCUUCUUCCCUAUGGAGCUCCUUGCUUUCCUCCUCCACUGGCAGUUCAUGUGGAUCACGUUUCUUCACCACUUUGAUGCGCCUCAAUCGUCCGCGACGAGUGUUGCCAUCAAGUUGCACAUCCAGAAGUGGAGAAACGACCUAGGUGUGGUAAGGGUGGCGGAGUUCGUGCCAGCAGUGCUGAUCGUAAUUUGGUUGGGCAUAUACGUCGCAUCGGUCUCAGGGAUGAUCCUGAAUACACCAGCCUACGAAAAGCUUGAAUUAGAUUUUAUUGUCAUCGUGGCCCUGUUCUCACUGCCUUGGACCUGGUGCGGUAAGCCACCUACAGCGGGCCUCCGCUUCAUUGUGCAAAGGCUGCCCUGGGGAGCUGUCAUCACAUAUGGAGGCACCUUCACGCUCUCUUUCAUCGUCAAGAGCAGCAAGUUUGCAGUCUGGCUGAGAGACCAUCUAAUAAGUCUUCAAGCUUACAGCAGACCAUUGUCGCAAGCAUCUCUAACCGUUUGUGCCGCCUUCAUGACUGAAUUGUUCAGCAGCCGCCAUACUGUGCGGAUCCUGUUGCCCGUGGCGACUGAAGCCGCCUUGGUCCGACCCUGCAACCCCCUGUACUACGCACUGCCGGUCACCGUGGCGGCUUCGAGCUCCAUGGUGUUUCCGACGGCACGUGUCACUAUCGCCUUGCUGAGUGAGCUGACCGACAUCGGACCACUGUCUAUGAUGCGUGAGCGACGACUGCCAAUAGUCGAGUCCAACCCGACCCGAGCUUCUAUGCCAAGUUAUGGGAUGCCUAGUCUGGUUUGCCAGUCAUUGCGAGGUACGGGGACGGUUGACCCUUGCACGAACAGCAGACCGAGGCAAGAGAGUUGGUGCUUUGUGAUAUACGGAAAAUACGCAUCAUAUAUUUGACGAAAUUUUCCUAUGGAGGAAUUGUAUGCUUCGUCUGCACUACUAUGAGUAUAAAUUUCAAACCAAUCGGUGUUAUUUCUUAUUUCUAUAGAUUUGAUAAGAUUUGCAUUAUUAAACAACUGAUAGGUAGAGGGCCUGUCUA